UAAGUAUAGAAAUAUUUCAGCUGAGAAUUAUUAAUUAAUUACAAAUAUGCUUAAGAUCCAAAACUUGAUACCUUGAUAAAGUAAAGGAACCAAGAUGAUUAAGUUUAUGUUGGCAAGCCUUAAGAUACCAAACUUGAUGCUGCAGUAAAGUUUAAGAGAAAUACAAUUAUUAUCCCAGAAAGCUAAAAUUUCCAAGCAGAGUCGAGGAUAUGUAUAAUCCAAGAACUAGAAUGUCAUAACUUAUUGCAGAGUUCUCUCGCAAAUUUUCUUACCCAAAAUGUCCAGAAGGGAUCAAGAAGCCAAAACCACCAUUGAAGUGCAAGCAACGAAGGUUGCCAGAGCAGAAGCAGAUCAAGCAAGCGGAAGCCAUGACCAGCUAGUUGAUGAGAACAAAGCUACUGGAAGCCAUAGCCAACUUAUUGAGGAGAGCCAGAAGCUGAGCAUCCUAAUCCAUGAAAAACCAAGGAGCACCUGCAGUUGGCAGGACAGGUUGAAUUCCUUGAAGCUGGGACCUGAAAAUGAAAAUCCCGCUUCACGGAUACAGAAAGUUCCAUUCAUGCUCAGGGAGAACAAGGAAUUCGAGAAGUAUUACAAACCAAAGAUGGUUGCAAUUGGUCCUAUCCACCAUCGUGAUCCCAAUUUUGAGUUCACUGAGAAGAGGAAGCAUAUAGUAGCUGGUGAUUUCAUCAAAGAACAUGGGAUAGAUGCAGAAAAUCUUUAUGACAAGAUUAUGGAUGGUUUGGGCAAUUUGAAAAUGCGCUAUGUAGAGGAUGUGAUAAAGGACUAUACGGAUGAUGAGCUCGCCUGGAUGUUCCUGGUGGAUGGAUGCGCAAUCCUGCAUUUUAUACAUUGUGUUGUGAAUGAUGAGAAAAAUGAUCCACAAUAUUCUGCAAAGUUGGAGAAAUUCAACUUCAAGAAAAACCAGGUGGCGUAUGCUCAACAGGAUUUGUUCUUGUUCGAGAAUCAACUUCCUUAUCAACUCCUUGAGCUAUUGAUAAGCUCGGUAGUUCAGAAUAAGGAGAGGGAAGAUAUCAGAGAGUCUAUCAGAAACUUCAUUGAUAUGAACCUGAUGACUCCAGAAUCAACAACAAAGAGCAGACAAGGCCGAAGAAAACCUUCAAAGAGUCAUCUUCUUGAGCUUCUGUGGGAAGAACUUACAGAUGGAAUAUUGCCACAGAGUGGCGGAUUGACAAUGCACUCGUUCCGUAAUGUCAAAGAGCUCAUGACAUCAGGGAUCCAGUUGAAAGCAAGUAGUGAAAAUUCCUUAAACAUUUCAUUCAAUCAAUUUUGCUUCACAGGAACCUUACAAAUUCCUUCCCUGGUUGUAGACGAUUCGACAGCAGCCAAGUUCUUGAACCUAAUAGCAUACGAAAUGUGCCCUGAUUUCAUGAAUGAUUUUCAGGUCACCUCCUACAUAUGCUUCCUGGAUUCGCUCAUUGAUCAUCCUGAAGAUGUCCAGGAGCUUAGAAAGGCGAAAAUUCUCAUAAAUGUCCUUGGCAGUGACAAUGAAGUUGCUGAACUCUUCAACAAGAUAGGUAAUGACUUGGUCCCAAACCCUGAUAUAUAUGGCACUGUCAAAGAUAAUAUCGAAAAAUACUAUAACAGCAAAUGGACAACCUAUUCAGCUGAGGCCUAUCACAGCUAUUUCAGUAGUCCCUGGACUUUCCUAGCUUUUCUUGGUGCCUUGCUUGGACUUUUUUUCUCUGCUGUUCAGGCUUAUUUCUCACUCCCUUCUAAAAGUUGUUAGCGAAAGGUGCUUCUGUGGAUACUGGGCAAUUCCCAUUGCCUGAAUAAUGACAUUUCCAUUGUUUUCAUCUUGGCUGAGACAGAUGUCAACUUGUUAGCAUAAUAAAUGAGGGUAAAGAACUUUUCUUAUUUUCAUUUAUUAUAUAGUUUGAUGUUUUAAAAUUAUGUAGGCUGGCUCAAUAUAUGUACCUUCUCGAAAGGUGAAUAAAUUGUAUUAUUUUGAAUAUAAUAGAUGAAAGUGUGGAUUCAAUUAAA